CAAACCCAGCAAAACUCGAAAAACUCAAUCAUGGGUCUUACCAGAUUUCCCUGACAACAGCUGCUGUUGUAUGUCGAGUAGCAGAACCGAACCCUACAACACGCGGUCUUUUCUCUUUGUUAAGUGUUGGUUUAUUGAGGAAUAAAGUGGAAAAUGGCAGGGGAUGAUAUAGAGAGCAGGGGAGGAAGGAACAGCUGGAACAACAAAAACGCGAGCGAUUCGCAAUGGACAUUGUGGUUGGUGCCUCUGUUCGUGGUGGCUAAUAUUGCUGUUUUUGUCAUUGUUAUGUAUGUCAACAACUGUCCGGAGCACAGACAUACGAGGAUUGCCGGCCAGUGUGUGGCGAGGUUCCUUCGACGCCUCUCUUUUGAGCCUUUGAGAGAGAACCACCUCUUUGGUCCCUCUUCUGCAACAUUGGAUAAGUUGGGUGGUCUUGAGUGGACCAAAGUUGUGAUUAAGCAUCAAGGAUGGAGGCUUAUUACUUGCAUGUGGCUGCAUGCCGGUGUUCUUCAUCUUCUAGCCAACAUGCUGAGCCUGCUCGUCAUCGGUAUACGCCUCGAGCAACAGUUCGGGUUCGUGCGGGUUGCAAUUAUUUAUCUCGUGUCGGGACUCGGUGCGAGUGUGCUUUCCGCUCUAUUUAUCAGAGACGGUAUCUCCGUUGGGGCCUCUGGUGCUGUUUUCGGGCUCCUUGGUGCAAUGAUUUCUGAAGUUAUUACCAACUGGACCAUAUACAGAAAGAAGCUGCUACAUUUGUUCACUCUUCUAGUCUUCAUUGGCAUUAACCUUGCACUAGGCCUUUCGCCCGCAAAACACGUCGAUGAUUUUGCUCAUAUCGGCGGGCUCGUAACUGGGUUUUUCCUUGGCUUUGUUCUGCUAUCUCGUCCUCAGUCUGGGCAGUUCGAGCAGCAGAAUCUUCCGGCUGGUACUCCUUUUAAAUCCAAGUACAAGCCUUACCAAUAUGCCCUGGGGUUGGUUUCCUUGGUGCUGCUGGUUGUGGGAUUCACUGUUGCAUUGGUAAUGUUGUUCCGGGGAGAAAACGGGAACGAUCAUUGCCGUUGGUGUCGACUUCUAACCUGUGUCACCACCGCGAGAGGGUACUGCGACCGGAACUAGCACCGCAUAAGCUUUCAUCCUAACCGUAUAUAUAGCAUACAAAUCUGUGAUGAUAAUUAAUCUGUCUUUGCUUUCUCUCUUUAAGCAUCCGGAGACUGUUGUUGUAAUUACUUUUACACCUAUUUACUGAUGAUUUUGAAUGUAUGUAUA